UCGAAGUAUUUUCCUCACAGGUUGGCACAAGGUCAGGGGAACACGACCAUUAGUAUUUCCGCUGCGCCGUGUGACUUUCCCCAACAUUUUUGUUGGUCUAACGAGGCAGCUUGAUGUAAUAAUCUAGUUGUUAGUUUAUUAAGAAGACUCUAAAAUGGUUUGUUUUGUGUUUUUUUUUUCUUGCUUCUCAAUCCUAAGAUACGAUAACAUCUCAUAUCUCUAUGAUUGGCGGCCUAACUGGAUCCGAGCUUUUAAUCAUAUUGUAACAAAAAUUCUAUAAGUUCUGAUUUGAUCUAAAAAUUCUACAAGUUUUGGUUUAUUCGCGUCUAACUCUGGUAGUUAUUCACAACAAACUUAUUCACAGCAUUCAUGAAUUUACUCGUCGGCCUCACUGAUUCACUAAACAAGCGUCCACAGAGUGUCUCGGAGUGUGAGCUUAGCUCAGCGAACUUACAUAAUAAAGCUUCAAACUAGAUUGGUGACGGAUCUCAAAGUUGAAAAAGGAGAAGGCCAAAUCUUGAGUGUUGGUAAAUUUUUGUUGGUCGACAUGGUUGCUUGAUGUAAAUAACAAGUUGUUAGUUUAUAGAUUUUCUUGACAAGACACUACUAUUUCUUCCUGCUUUUUCUUGCUUAUCUAGAGAUUUGGCUUCUAAAUAAAACGACAUGGUUAUAUCAAUGGUUUCAUUCUCUGUAUCUGAAUCACUUGUAGACGUUUUCGUUGGAUCAUGUUUUAGGUUAAUGCCCAGAUCAUCAAUGUGAGAUGUUCCUCCUCUGUUUGGUCUAAUCUUGAUUCCAAUCCUGAGAAACAAUCUCGAGCUCUCUUCAUGGCAUCCAAAGCGGAAUAGUUGGCAGGAAACAAACUGGUUUCUGCCGCAGGAGUUGAGACCACCCUGAUCAGUAUCUAAAUCUUGUGUUUUAAUUGGUCGUGAAAUUUCUUAAAAAUUAAUAUUCUUUAAUGAAAAAAUAAUAUUACUUAACAGUUUUUUUUUUUAGGAUUAUGGAAAGUUUCUUAAUGAUAACUAUAAUGGAAAAACACUAAAGAAAUUACAUUUUAGUCUUAUGAUAAAAAGAGAGAAUAUUUUGCUAGGGUUUUGAAGAAGUUUUCCUUUCUUCUUUCUGCGUCCUCUAUAAAUAAAAGAUUUUUUAUGCGUGAAAGUAUCUUCAUACAAAGUUUCUCAAAAAUUCGUCUUUGCUCGAAAUAACAAAAUCUACCAGAUUUCUUUUGGAUCAACUAUGUGGGAUCAAAAACCUAGUUUCACGCUUGAGAUAGGUAACUUUUCGAACAAGGAAGCUGUCAUAGCGUCGAAUGUAUUCGAGGCUGGCGGAUGCGAAUGGUAUCUUUCAGUUCAUCCAAAGGGAGUUUCUGGUCGUUUUAAUGGUCACUUGUGUUUGUUCCUCAACGUUGCAAAUCGUAAAUCCUUGCGAACUGGAUGGCAAAGAAGUGUUAAAUUUUGUUUCCUUGUGCUGAAUGAGUCCAACAAAGAGCUCUAUAGAUCACCAGUUGAAAAGGCAAGCAGCUUGUUUUGCGCUUGGAAUCCAACAUGGGGUAUCCGAAAGAUCUUGCCUCUAAGCAUGUUUCAAGAAAAAGGGUUUUUGGAGAAGGACGUACUCAUCAUUGAAGUCUACAUCAAAGUUGUUGAAGCUUUUGAUGGAGAAGACGGAGAUUUUGAUGGAGAAGGCGGAGAUAUCACUGGUUUUCAAGUUUUUGCUGAUUAUGUUGCUUCGGUGAAAAAGAUAUUCGAAGAGCAGGUCUUGAAGACAGAUUACAAGAAUGCUCUAAGCAAAGCCUGCAGCAAGUUGAGUGAGCUUGUGGAAGUAGGAUUCAAGCUGGACUGGUUGAAGUCAAAGUUUGAUGAACUUUCCUACAAGAGGAAGAACGCAGACGGUGUUGAUGAUGAGUCUUUGGUCCAACAACUAGAUGAACGCAUCAAGAAUCUUGAACUAAUGGUAUCAGGCUUCGAGAAAGACUGUUUGAAGUCAAAGAUCGAGGAGAGCAUCAAGAAUCCUGAGCUGGUGGAAUUAGGACUUAAACUGGACAGUUUGAAGUCGAAGCUUGAAGAGGUUUCCUUGGAGAAGAAGAAAUCAUAUGAUGCUGAUGAGUCUUUGGUUCAACAACAAGAGGAACGCAUCAAGAAUCUUGAACUAAUGGUAUCAGGCUUCAAGAAGGACUGUUUAAAGUCAAAGCUUGAGGAGGAGAUCUCCUUGGAGAAGAAGAAAUCACUUGCUGCUGAUGGGUAUUGUUUCCAAAAACUAGAGGAACGCAUCAAGAAUCUUGAACUGAUGGAAUCAGGCUUCAAGAAGGACUGUUUGAAGUCGAACCUUGAGGAGAUCUCCUUGGAGCUGAAGAAGUCGUAUGAUGCUGAUGAGUCUCGUGUCCAAAAACUUGAGGAAAGUGUCAAUAAUCUUCGGUUGAUGGAAAUAGGGUUUAAACUGGACAGUUUCAAGUCAAAGCUUGAGCAGGUUUCCUUGGAGAAGAAGAAAGCCUAUGAUGCUUCUGAGUCUCGUGUCCAAAAACUUGAAGAAAGCGUCAAGAAGCUUGAGCUGAUGGAAUUAGGGUUUAAACUGGACAGCUUCAAGUCCAAGCUUGAGGAGAUUUCCUUGGAGAAGAAGAAAGCAUAUGAUGCUGAUGAGUCUCGAACCCAAAUGCUCGAGGGACUCGUCAAGAAGCUUGAGUUGAUGGAAACAGGCUAUAAACUGGACAGCUUCAAGUCCAAGCUUGAGGAGAUUUCCUUGGAGAGGAAGAAAUCAUGUGAUGCUAGUGAGUCUCGGGCCCAACAACUCGAGGAACGCAUCAAGAAUAUUGAGCUACUGGAUUUAGGACUCUUUAUCAACUGUUUGAGUUCAAAGCUUGGUAAUACUGAUGAUGAGUUCCAACAACUCGAGGAGCGCGUCAAGGAUCUUGAGGUGAUGAAAGUGGGAUCUAAGCUGGAUUGUUUGAACACAAAAAUUGAGGAAAACGUCAAGAAUACUGAGCUGAUGGUGUCGUGUAUCAAAGUUGAGUUAGACAAGAAGAAGGACAAAUCUACUGCUGAAGGAUUUUUGUUGGUCAACUAGGCUUUUUUGCUUGAUGUAGAGAUUCGGCUUCUAAAUAAAACGACAUGGUUACGUCGAUAUAUUAUUUCAUUCUCUGUAUCUAAAUCACUUACGUUUUCGUUGGAUCA